GUUGAAAAGCAAUUCCUCAUACUUUUAUUUCGCUGUUUGUGAAAUUCACAAUCUGUGCGUCUCCUGUGGGCAUAGAGCCCCGCCUCCCUGUCCCCAAAAAUUGGUUCACGCUCCGGGCAACGGGUAUUAAAAACCGGUUGUUGAGCUCAAACUGCUGCAGGAAUUCAGGAAACUUGCGUCAGCCAGCGGCCUGCAGCUGAGACUCGGCGCGGGGAGGAGUUGGAGGGAGCGAAAACACGAUCAUGACGACACAAGUCGCGUGGAAAUCAACCACGUGUAGACAUAUUGUACGCUCCUCUACCUCACUCAUUUCCAAUAAGGGCCGGUGCGUAUCGACUUUUUGUGAAGCUUCAGCCAACUUUCACAAGAGGAGAGGAGGGUGGUAUUGUGUAUGUACUUAACCACUGGAUUGUCCAAAGUGCAAGGUUCUCUGCAAGUCCAGAUAGGAUCCGCGAGCAACUCAAACCAACCACUGCCUUCCGUGUUUUCGAGCCAGCGUUCAUGUCUUUUUUUUUCAGCUUUUAAUUCCCUUGUUUAACUUUUUCAUUGUAAUUAUUUUAAUUUCAUUCAUUAUUAUUUUGCACCGAAGAUGUCUUGCCUCCUGGGGGUUGUACGACGUUUCAGAAAAGGGGUUGUCAGUGCCAGUCUGGGUUUACGGUCCGUGGCUUCCAUCCCCUCACUACCCCCUGAUGUGGCAGGGUUUGUGAAGGGUGCGGCAGACGAGUGCAAGCCCAGUGGCGUGCAUGUUGUGACGGGCACUUCAGAGGAGAUGUCCAAUAUCCUUGCAGGCCUGGAGAAGGAAGGGAUGGUCAAAAAACUCCCCAAAUAUGAAAACUGCUGGCUGGCACGCACAGACCCAAAAGACGUGGCUCGAGUGGAGAGCAAGACAGUAAUUGUGACCAAGAGGCAGAGAGACACCAUCCCCAUCCCUGCUGAAGGCAUCAAAAGCCAACUGGGCAACUGGAUGAGCGAAUCUGACUGGCAGCAAGCAAGACAGGAGCGUUUCCCAGGAUGCAUGGCAGGUCGGACCAUGUAUGUUAUUCCUUUCAGUAUGGGUCCAGUGGGUUCCAGUCUUGCAAAAUAUGGUGUUCAGGUGACUGACUCCCCGUAUGUUGUGGCCAGUAUGAGAAUUAUGACCCGUAUGGGCACGACUGUGCUGGAUAAACUGGCUGAGGGAGUAGAGUUUGUCCGUUGUCAGCACUCUUUAGGGCAGCCUUUUCCACUGAAAGCCCCGCUGGUCAACGCAUGGCCUUGCAACCCAAACAAGGUGCUGAUCUCCCACUUGCCAGACACCAGGCAAAUAUUGUCGUACGGCAGUGGCUAUGGCGGAAACUCCCUCCUGGGUAAGAAGUGCUUCGCCCUGCGCAUCGCCUCACGCAUAGCCAAGGAUGAAGGAUGGCUAGCAGAACACAUGCUGAUCCUGGGCAUCACCAACCCUCAGGGAGUGAAACGUUAUGUGGCGGCAGCAUUCCCAAGUGCCUGCGGUAAAACCAACUUGGCAAUGAUGAAACCAUCCCUACCAGGCUGGAAGGUGGAGUGUGUGGGUGACGACAUUGCCUGGAUGAAAUUCGACACCCAGGGAAAGCUGAGAGCCAUCAACCCUGAGAAUGGCUUUUUUGGUGUCGCUCCGGGGACCUCUGAUAAAACUAACCCUUAUGCAAUGAGCACCAUAGCCAAAAACACCCUGUUUACCAAUGUUGGAGAGACCAGCGAUGGCGGGGUAUGGUGGGAGGGUCUUGAUGCCCCUGCGGCUGGCGUCACAUUGACGGACUGGCAUGGCAAAAUCUGGAAACAAGGAAGUGGCAUACCUUGCGCUCAUCCCAACUCGCGCUUCUGUGCGCCGGCAGCUCAGUGCCCCAUCAUUGACCCACAAUGGCAGAGCGAAGAGGGAGUUCCCAUUGAUGCCAUCAUCUUUGGUGGUCGGAGGCCACAAGGAGUUCCUCUGGUCUAUGAGUCCUUCAACUGGCAACAUGGUGUGUUUGUUGGGGCUGCAAUGAGGUCUGAGGCCACAGCAGCUGCUGAACAUAAAGGAAAGGUGAUCAUGCACGAUCCUUUCGCCAUGCGUCCAUUUUUUGGCUACAAUUUUGGCGACUAUCUCGCUCACUGGUUAAGCAUGGAGACCCGAAAGGCCCCAACUCAUCUGCCCAAGAUCUUUCAUGUCAACUGGUUCCGGAAGGACCCAACCAGUGGUUCCUUCCUCUGGCCGGGCUUUGGUGAAAAUGCACGGGUACUUGAGUGGAUCUUCAAGCGGUGUGGCCGGGAGCAUAACAACGAAGCGGCCAAAAAAAGUGUCAUCGGUUGGUUGCCAGAAGUUGAUGCCAUCAACACCCAGGGGCUUGGUGGAAACGUGGACAUGGGCGCCUUGUUCGACGUGCCCAAGCACUUCUGGCAGAACGAGACCAAGGAGCUGAGAGUGUACUUCAGCCAGCAGGUAGGCACUGACCUGCCUGCAAAGGUGGAGGCUGAACUGAAGGCUCUGGAGGACAGGGUUCACGGCCAAUAAUGUUGCAAGUAGGGUGUAAUCAGAGUUUGAAACCAAAUUUAGCAGUUUGUGUGUGUGAAAACCCAACCAGUGGCUCAUGCUCAACUUCAUUCAUGGAGGAAUGUCACUUCAGGGGCAUAUAACAGGAAAAGCUAAUUAAACAAUGCAUGCAAAAGUUUACAAGAUGGACAAGAUGGGAAAAAAAAAAACAAACAUCUAUUUUAUAUACUGCUUAUCUUGAGCAGGGUCCCGUUGGUGCUCUACAGUACCUUUUUUAAAAUGUUAAAUCAGCUUUUCAAAAAUAUCCUUUAAUUCCAACAACUGGUAUCUGCCCUACACACAGAAUCCUUAUGCAGCAUUAACUUUCAUUGAUUUUAUUUGUAUAAUUUCACGUGACUUGAAUUUUAAAGUAAUGGAAAUGCUGAAUAUGUAUAACUGUGAUAUGUUGUUUUUCAGGUAUUUUAAAAACUUGUGUGCAAACAUUUUUUUUUUUUUACACAAUACAGUGCAAUUAAAUUAUGUUCUUGAAGUGCCUUUUAUUGAUUGUUGUGUAGAAAUAUAUAGAAUGAAGUGAGUCAAAAUAAAAAAAAAUUUAAAUGAAGAAUCAAUCAUCCUUUAUUGUCACAAACAUG